AUAAGAUGAAUAAAAUAAGAACUAUUUAGUAAUAUCCUCACUAUUCCGCUGAUCGGCAUCUGAUUGAGUGAGUGAGGUGUGAAUGUGUUGUGACAGUGCCUCGCUAAUUGGAAUAUUUCAUACUGUGCAAUUUGCACAAACAAAAAAUGAAAUCGUUAUACCUCUUAACAUGUCUUGUGGCGUUUUGCAACGCCGAAGCUGAGCCCAACCCUGAACCACAAUUUGGACGUGGCCUCACAGGAUUAGGAGCGAUUCCAAGAGGCAGAGGCAGGACACGUUUUAAUGUACAAAAUCCUGUUAAUUUCGGUAUCAGUGCGACUGCACCAGCUCAGAUUAAUGGGGACUUAGGUGCUCAGAUUGGGGUUAGAACUAAUCAAAUUGGAUUUAAUGGUAAAAUAAGAAAUUUUGAAGGCCAAAUCGGCCUGGGAAUUGGACAAACAACAGGUCCAGAAGCCAUUAGUACUGGGCGACUGAGGCUGGGAAUAUCUACUCAAGAUUUAGAAGAUUUGGUUAAUGAAGAGUGGUUGGCAUUCAAGUUAACUUAUAACAAAACCUAUGCCAGUCCAGAAAUAGAAAACUUUAGAAGAGAAAUUUUCAUCGAAAAUAGAGCAAAAAUUGCCAAAUUUAAUCAAGAGUAUGGUCAAGGCAGGAGAUCUUUUGUACAACAACUUAAUCCUUAUGGAGAUAUGCUGUUCCAUGAGUUCUUCAGAAAUCUCAACGGCUAUAAUAGGACAAAUCCCAAUGCAAGGAAUAUUCCCAUUCCAAAUGGAAGCACGUAUAUUCCAAGUGCAAAUGUAAUCCUACCUGAAAAUAUGGAUUGGAGGCAAGUUGGAGCCGUGUCGCCAGUUAAAAGUCAAGGACUGUGUGCCGGAUGUUGGGCGUUUGCUGCGGCUGGAGCAUUGGAAGGUCAUAAUUUCCGUAAAACAGGAAAUCUUGUAGAACUUAGUCCACAGAAUUUAAUUGACUGUACGAGAGAAAAUGGAAACAACGGUUGCCAAGGUGGAAAUAUCAACCCCGCAUUUGAAUACGUAAGAGAUAAUCCUGGCAUUGAUACUGAAGAAUCAUAUCCCUACGAAGCUAGAGACGCUGAAUGUCGUUUUAGAGAAGAUACUGUAGGAGGAGUUUGUACAGGUUACGUUGAUAUUGCCGAAGGUGAUGAGAAAGGUUUAGAAAUCGCGGUAGCCACAAUUGGUCCAGUGGCAGCGGCCAUCGACGCCAGCAGAGAAUCCCUUCAGUUUUAUUCCGAUGGAAUAUAUUAUGAUGCGGAAUGUAGUAACCAAAUUGAAGGAUUGAAUCAUGCCGUUCUUGUCGUAGGAUUCGGUACUGAACCUGAUGGCCAGAAGUACUGGUUGAUAAAAAAUUCGUAUGGUCAACAGUGGGGAAUUGGAGGUUACAUUAAAUUAGCAAAGGAUGCAGGCAACCAUUGCGGUAUUGCAAGUGCUGCUAGUUAUCCUCUAGUGUAAAUUAUGUUUAGGUUAAAAAAUAUAGGACAAAAUUUAAA